AUCAUCCAAUAUAUACAAUAUAAAGUCUUUCGUUUCAUCUUUCAUUUGCUGCUCACGCAAGGGUGUUCUUUGGUGCAGUUAGCCAUUGCUAUCAUCUGAAGUUUGUGGGAUCCUUGCUUUUGUUUUCACCACUACACUUUUGUUUCUUGUUCCAAUGUCCUUUCGUUUUUCUUGCUUUGUUUAGCUAAAAGAGGCAGCAAACUACAGAGAUUUUGGAGCUAAGAUGAGGUACCCUUAUCAGCCAGGUAACAUCAUGAAUGUGGUACAAAACCUCAUGGAGAGACUGAGGCCUCUUGUGGGUGUAAAAGGCUGGGAUUAUUGUGUUCUUUGGAAACUGAGUGAGGAUCGAAGGUAUAUUGAAUUGAUGGAUUGUUGUUGCGCUGGGACUGAGGCCACUCAAAAUGGUGGAGAAGACCUUCAGUUUCCUGUUUCUGCAGUCCUUCCUUGCAGGGAUGUCAUGUUUCAGCACCGAAGAACUAAAUCCUGUGAACUUCUUGCUCAACUUCCUUCUUCAAUGCCCCUAAACUCAGGGUUUCAUUCACAGGCCCUGAGCUCAAACCUGCCUAGGUGGUUAAACUUCUCUAGUAGCUCGGAUUCAAAUGUUCUUGAGGAAACUGUUGGAACUAGGGCCCUGAUUCCAGUGCCAGGAGGACUAAUGGAACUGUUCAUUGCUAAACAAGUACCUGAAGAUCAUCAUGUCAUAGAUGUUGUAACAUCUCAAUGCAACUUCCUAAUGGAACAGGAAGCCAUGAUCAACUCAACUAAUAUGGAUUCAAGUUUAUCAAUUGAUGUGACUGGUAUGAGUGAAAACCAAUCAAAUCCAUUUCUUGCCAAUGAAAAUGAACAAGAGGAUCAUCACAAUUUGAAUAUUCCAUAUGAUACCUCCCUUGAUAGACUCCACAUGUCUAGUUCUCCAAUGAACAACUUCAUGCACCAGUUCAAUUACAGCACUGACGAAACCAAAACAAAAGGCGAUCUCCUUCAAGGAGUAGAGAGUGGGCUACAAGAUAUGGAUGAUUUGCAGAAUUCCAUGAUGGCUAAUGCAGAAAGCACGCAGAUGCAAUAUAUGGAGUCAGGUUUAACAACCAAGGAUCAACAUGGAAAUGACAAAGAAUCAAUAAAACUAGAGAAUGGGCCUUCAGCAGAAUACUCACACUCGGAUUGCAACGAUGAUGAGGAUGAUGCAAAGUAUCGGAGGAGGACUGGGAAAGGACCUCAAUCAAAAAACCUAGUUGCUGAGAGGAAAAGGAGGAAGAAGCUUAAUGAUAGGCUCUAUGCUCUCCGGUCCUUGGUUCCCAACAUUUCAAAGCUGGAUAGGGCUUCCAUACUUGGAGAUGCGAUCGAAUUUGUGAAAGAGCUUCAAAAGGAAGCGAAAGAACUCCAGGAUGAGCUUGAAGAGAAUUCAGAUGAUGAGGGUGCUAAAAACGGGAACAACAACAAUAUGCCACCAGAAAUUCUGAACCAAAAUGGAGCUAAUCUUGGUGCAUACAGGUCUGAUUAUGCUGUGAAUGGAUUUCAUGUGGAAGCAUCAGGCAUUAGUACUGUUUCAAAACAAAACCAAGACUCAGAAAAUUCUCACGAUAAGGGACAUCAAAUGGAGGCGCAAGUGGAAGUUGCUCAAAUAGAUGGGAAUGAGUUCUUUGUUAAGGUAUUCUGUGAGCACAAGCCUGGAGGAUUUGUGAGAUUAAUGGAGGCUUUGGAUUCUCUUGGCUUAGAAGUUACAAAUGCUAAUGUGACCAGCAAUAGAGGCCUGGUUUCCAAUGUCUUAAAAGUAGAGGUAAAUAAAGACCAUCAGAAGGACAGUGAAAUGGUUCAAGCAGACUACGUAAGGGACUCUUUGCUGGAGUUAACAAGAGACCCACCAAGAGCGUGGCCUGAAAUGCCUAAAGCAUCAGAGAUUUGCUGUAGUGGGAUGGACUAUCCUCACCAUGAUCACCACCUGCAGAAUGGCCACAUGAAUUACAACCACCAUCACCUCCACCAACUUUGACCAUAAUCUGAUCCGUUUCAGAUGAGAAAUGUUACACAUAUAUAGACUCUAACGUUUCCUUGUAUUUUUCUUUCAAACAUAUGGAAUAAUUGGGUGAUCUGCAAGAAUCUUUUCUAAGACAAUAUAGUACGUAUGGCUGCUUGGUUUCUAUCAAAUGUUUGUGUUUUCCUCAU